AUGGGCUUCCUGGCAAUCGAUCCUUUCAAGAUGGGGCCCAUUGGGGAGCACGAGUUUCGGCCCGUGAGGCACGAGAUUGCGAGUUACGAUGAAGUGAUGCAGCAUUGGCCCAAAGACAACGAGAGCCGACUGGGAAAGGAAGGCAAGCUGGAGUUUGUGGAUCAGGUGUUCGGCCCAGAAUCGUUGGAGUUCGAUGCCGAUGGAAACGGGCCGUACACCGGUCUAGCCGACGGUCGGAUCGUGAGAUGGAUGGGCGAUCAAAUUGGUUGGGAGACAUUUGCUGUCGUCACUGAUGCAUGGACGGAGGAGGAGUGCGGGAGAGGAGUGGAGUCGACGACGGCGAAGCAAUGGAAGUACGAGAAGCAAUGCGGCCGGCCUUUGGGCCUGAGGUUCAACAAGGCGACGGGCGAGCUGUACAUUGCAGACGCCUAUUAUGGGCUUUUGAUGGUUGGGCCCGAAGGUGGAAUAGCUAGGCCCUUGGCUACGCACGAUGUGGGCGGGCAGCCCAUUCUGUUUGCUAACGAUCUCGACAUCCACUCAAACGGCUCCGUUUUCUUCACGGACACGAGCAAACGAUACGACCGUGUGAGCCAUUUCUUCAUCUUAUUGGAAGGAGAAGCAACGGGCAGGCUUCUACGAUAUGAUCCUCCCACAAAUCAAACUCAUGUUGUGGUUGAUGGGCUAGCUUUCCCUAAUGGUGUCCAAUUGUCUCAUGACCAAACUUUCCUCCUCUUCACAGAGACCACUAAUUGCAGGCUAAUGAAGUACUGGUUGGAGGGACCAAAGGCUGGCUCGGUGGACCAUGUGGCCGACCUACCAGGCUUCCCAGAUAACGUUCGUGCCAACGACAAAGGGCAGUACUGGGUAGCCAUCGACUGCUGCAGAACUGCACCACAAGAGGUGUUGACACGGAACCCAUGGAUGAGGAGCGUCUACUUUCGACUGCCUCUGAGGAUGAGCUUGUUGGCGAGGAUCAUGGGGAUGAAAAUGUACACCGUCAUCGCGCUAUUCGACGAGAACGGCCGGAUCCUGGAGGUGAUGGAAGAUCCCAAGGGAAUGGUGAUGAAGCUUGUGAGUGAAGUUAGGGAAGUGAAUGGGAAGCUCUGGAUUGGGACAGUGGCUCAUAACCAUAUUGCAACACUGUCGUAUAAUCCGCCAAUAAGUAGUUAA